CUUGCGCGUUGCGUUCUUGAGAAACUGUGGCAAAUACAAGUGCGGCAACGCUCAUCACAUUGACAUCCAUAAGCUCUGGUAAAUAGUGCCACGUUAUCCUGCGAGGAUCCUGCCGGCGGCUUUCUGAAAAAACGCCCAUGUCAACGUCCUGAAGCGGUCUCGCCCAACUUGGAAAAAUUGCGACCGUACUUCUAGUGAAAUCCUCCAACAAGGUGGCGGCAACGGAAGUGAAAAUAUCUCCGGAUAUGUCAACUGCCGUAACAAAUGGACACCAGGCGAGCUCUGAGGAUUUCGCUAAGCACGUUUUCGGAGCGCAUGAACGGGGACAUGCUGAGCUAGUGGAGGAGGAUACGAAAAUGUGCGGGAAAAUCCUGACGGUCCUGUCCUGGGUGAUCGUCGUUCUGACCAUGCCGUUCUCCCUGUUCGUCUGCUUUAAGGUUGUCCAGGAAUAUGAGAGGGCUGUAAUAUUCCGCUUAGGUCGUCUUUUGUCCGGAGGCGCUAAAGGACCAGGUAUUUUCUUCAUUCUGCCUUGCAUCGAUGCCUACGCCAGGGUGGAUUUGCGUACGAGAACUUACGACAUCCCCCCUCAAGAGGUCCUAACCAAAGACAGCGUAACUGUUUCCGUCGAUGCUGUGGUCUACUAUCGCGUCUCCAACGCCACUGUUUCCAUUGCCAACGUGGAAAAUGCCCAUCAUUCGACUCGACUUCUCGCUCAAACCACCCUUCGCAACAUUAUGGGUCAACGUCCUCUCCAUGAGAUUUUGAGUGAACGCGAAAGUAUUUCCCAGCACAUGAAGGCCCUCCUAGACGAAGCGACUGAUUCCUGGGGGAUCAACGUGGAACGAGUUGAAAUCAAAGACGUGCGAUUACCUAUCCAGCUUCAAAGGGCCAUGGCUGCUGAAGCCGAGGCUGCCCGUGAGGCUCGCGCUAAAGUAAUCGCCGCCGAAGGUGAACAGAAGGCCUCCAGAGCCCUGAGGGAGGCUUCCGAAGUUAUUGGAGAUUCUCCGGCCGCUCUACAACUCCGUUACUUGCAGACGUUGAACACGAUUUCGUCAGAGAAGAAUUCGACCAUCGUUUUUCCGCUGCCGAUCGAUAUUCUUUCGUACUUCAUCAAGUGCAAAGGGGUCGAUAUCCGGAGUCCUUUUUAAGGAUUCGAGGAUUUUGAGGACGUUGGUGGUCCUUUAAUAGCGCAACGCCAUCGAAAUUUUAUGUCCUAUUUAAAGUAUAUGUGUCCUCGUCGCCGUUAGUGUCUUUCCUAUAUAAUAUGUGUGGAAUCGGUUUUUGUUUGUUCUGAGGUUAGGUUCUACGUUCAUAUUGAAGCACUGUGUACACUCGUCUUUCAGUAUCAGUAUUACAUGUACGACGUCACCGUUUCGACUAUUCUGGAUAAUAUCAUAGGAAUAAUUGACGUUUUGCACGUUAGAUGAUAGGUGAAUGUAUAGUCUGGCCCACAUUAUAUAGUACGCUGGGCGGACUAGAUAUUUUUUCAAAAAUAGGACUUAGGAUUAAUUACUAGAGCCGAAAUUGGGGUAGUACUAUGCUUUUAAUUCUCAAAAAUAUGUGCUUUUGGUAGUAAGGUGUGGAGUAUUGUAGAUUUUUUGUGGCAGAUGUAUACAUAAAUAAGAUUUUUGUGUCUAGGUGCUAGCACUAUUUAAUUAAUUUUCCAUUAAGGAGAACUCCACUUCUACAACCUUUAUUCAAAUCAAAGAUUAUCAUUUACAACUGUAGUUUACAACGUGAAGAGAUUACGAAAUAUACUACCAACAAAGUUUUACAACCAACAACUGAACCUUUUAGCACUCAGUUGAGCCUUAGUAAGUUCACUUUUGGUGCUCUAAUAGACAUUCAUCAGAAAAUUAUGAAUCUUUCAAGACAACAUUUAUAUGAACAACUAAAUGUUAGAUGUCUUUGUUUAAAUAUAGAGUCGUAGUUUAGACGCACAAUGUGCGUAAAAUGUGCUACAUAAGUGUAAAAGUCCGGUAGUACACGGUAUCAGUCGGUUUUUCUACAAAAGAGUUAUAAGCAUAGUACCAGCGCUUUAUCUAAUAUUACUAUCAGUGUUUAUAGUUCAUAGUAACUGAUGCAUCAAUUUACUAAAUUCUGAAAAUGAUGAAAAUAACAGUUUUUCAAAAAUCAAAAUGUCUAUCGGUAAUUUGGCUUCUAGGCAUAGGGAUAUAGUCACUCCUGAUUUUAAAAUAAAUUCUGAAAUACUUAGUAUAUCAUCAAACGUAUAUAUAGGGUGGUGAUAAGUAACUCAAUAAUGACAAAAAUUUAAAUUAAGUAGAGAUUUCAUUUUCUGUCGUUGUCAUCACUUAUCACCUCUUUAGAUAUGAAAUUAAGAGUAAAUCUGCCAGUGGCAAUAUCAAAUUUUGAGAUAUCAUGGAAAACAUAUUGAAUCAAAAUUGAAGUUGGUUGUAAUAAUAUUUUAUCGUAGGUUUAAUUACUCAAAUAAAAAAAAAUACUCGUAGAAUAUACAAUAAUCUUGCAAUAUUGAUUUGGAAGACUCAACUUUUUAGCUGCUAUAGCUACAAUAAAGAUAUUGGAGGUUGAAAGAUUAUCCAACGGUUUUAUAAAGAUAAGAAUUUAUACUGGAAUUUUAGAAUAAAUAUAUAGAUAUAUUAAGAUAUAUGGAAUCACUCCUGCUAUACUUUAUUAGUCUAGUUGUUAAUUAUAAGAUAUUUUAUUUUAAAUAAGAAAACAGAUUGUAAAAUUUUCUAAAGGUAAAAGGGUCCACCCCGUUUAAAUACAAAACCAUAAAAUUAAUUAAUCAAUGUUAUGUGUUUGAUAGACUUAUCAGAUCACUCUGUAUAGUCUUCCAAAUUUGUUGUUGUACUACAUAUACUAUUUAAAUGGGCCUAUAGUCAGUUGUUGUAAAUCUAGUUGUGUGCCAACGUAUUAUAAAUUUUCCAAUCAGUAUUGGGACUACAGGGUGAUCAUUUUUAACUAAACACAAAUCUAUAAUUCCUCUCUAUAAAAUAGGCUGUGCACAAAGCCAUCAAGUAUUCUGUGUUAUAAUUAAGACAAGGGCUAUAUCUACAAUAGUUAGCCUACUUAGUACUAAACACUUUCACUUAUCCUAAAACUAAAUAACUAAAAAUUAUAUGGGUUAACACCCUUUUAUAUGCACAAUUUAAAAAAUUGAAUCACUCUGUAUAUAAAAAGUAACCCAUAUAAUCCAGCAUACAUUUCUAUGUACUGUAUAUAAUAUUUUUUGCUGUCAUUCAUGUCAUCGGCUUCUAGAUCAGUGUAAAUAGUCGAUGUGUCCAGUGUAGACAAAAACCACCGACCAUACAGUGUGUUUUAGUAAAAUUUGUUUCGGAGCCACCUUCACUACUGCCUGUAUUUCGAACACAGUUUUCUACUGACUCACUGUACUGACUCAUACAAUAAACAAAACUUGAACCGAGCAUAUCUGUUUGCUUUUGACCUUUUGACACACUGUCACACGUUUAGUUUAAGUAAGUCACGUUGAACCGGAAUCAACACGUAAUGCU